UCUGAAGCAUUGUCAAGUUAGAAAGAAUAGAUAAGGUGUAAAUGAUAAUGUAUCAGGGGAUGUUGGUGUGUACUUUAGGAUUUAUAUGCUAAUAAUUGUCCGGAGGACAGGAUCCAACAAAUUGCUAGCAGCCAAAGCUUUCCACUGUAAAGUGAUUUCUAACAGGCUUCAGAUAUCUGCAGUAACUUGACUAACAAGGCAAACAAUGACUGUAAAAGUCUAUCCCAGCCUUUUGGUAUUAUUCCUGACCAAUACUGUGUGGACUCGGAAUGUGAGACAAGUCUAUGAUGCGAUGGAUUCAGAGGAUUGGUCUCGCUUCACCUUUGAGUGUCCACAAGAAUGCUUCUGUCCUCCCAGUUUCCCCAAUGCUUUAUACUGUGAUAACAAGGGACUUAAAGAAAUACCUGCAAUCCCAGCAAGGAUCUGGUAUCUCUAUCUGCAGAACAACCUGAUUGAAACAAUUUCUGAGAAGCCUUUUGUGAAUGCCACUCAUCUGAAAUGGAUAAAUUUAAACAAGAAUAAAAUCACCAGCAAUGGGAUUGAAGAAGGUGUGCUCAGCAAACUGAAGCAUCUGCUUUACUUGUUUCUCGAAGAUAACGAGUUGGAAGAGGUGCCUGCUUCAUUACCGACAAGCUUAGAGCAACUGAGACUGGCUAGAAACAAAAUCUCCAGGAUCCCUGAAGGGGUCUUUAGCAAUUUGGAAAACCUUACGAUGCUAGAUCUGCAUCAUAACAAGCUGUUGGAUAGUGCUCUCCAGAGUGACACCUUCCAGGGGCUCAACAAUCUCAUGCAACUCAACAUAGCUAAAAACUCCCUCAAGAAAAUGCCACUAAGCAUUCCAGCUAAUACAAUGCAGCUGUUUUUAGACAACAACUCUAUUGAAGUGAUCCCAGAGAACUACUUUAGUGCAAUACCCAAAGUGACUUUCCUUAGACUGAACUACAAUAAAUUAUCUGAUGAUGGCAUCCCCCCAAAUGUGUUUAAUGUUUCGUCUAUUCUAGACCUACAGCUGUCCCACAACCAACUCACUAAAAUUCCACUUUUCAAUGCUCAUCUUGAGCAUCUUCACCUUGAUCACAACAGGAUCAAAAGUGUCAAUGGCACUCUAAUGUGUCCCACCUCUAUUGCCAUAGAAGAUCACAGAUCCUAUGGUAAUAUGCCACGUCUCCGCUACCUCCGCCUGGAUGGAAAUGAAAUUCAGCCUCCUAUUCCAUUGGACAUCAUGAUAUGUUUCCGGCUUCUUCAGGCUGUUGUUAUUUGAAGAUAUCUCACUAUCGCAUUUUCAUUUUCAGAGUUUAAGGAGCAAGUUUUGCUGGCAUGAAACAUGUUCUAAUUCAUAAGUCAAUCAAUAUUUCUUUUCUCUUUUUACUCUAAAUUCCUACUUGCUACUAUCAUUUUAUAUUUGCAAAUAUUUCUCUUCCUUCAGAAAAGAGGUUCCCAGAUUUGUAUGCAAUCUGGUGGGUUUUUUUUAAAAUUCCUAAUGCAAAUAUACUGCAAAUUAUGUAUUUUUAAUGUUCCUACAGUCCCAGCGCAAGUUCGUCUACUCUUCACCUAUCUUGUUAAAUUCUACAUUAAGUGCGAGUUCCACUAAGGAAUUCUAUUAUAAUGCACAGAUUUAUGAAUUCAGGUACACUUGGCCUGAUAUGUAUUAUAAAAUAAUCAAGUACUAUACUGCUAUUAAUUUUCAUACCUUACACUCUCCUUCCUUAAAAUAGGCACUGCUGUGACAGUGAACAGCCUUUCAUUGUAUCAAUAAAUUACACCAAUUUCUUG